AACACCUUUUAAUCGCUCACCAUUGCCUAAAUCAAUUUAGAAAAUGAUGAACCUGCGUGUAAUUGAUUUAAUAAAAUGAAUACAAACACUCGAUCCCAUAAAUACCGGUAUUUUACAUAAACACGCAUAGUUCACUCUUCACGCGAACGAUAAACGUUACUUAACAAACCUAAUGAUAUUCGUUGUACAUACACGUGAGAAAUCCCAUUGAAAUUGAUAGAAUCGCCUUAUGCUACACCAGUGUUGCGUUAAGCUCUGAGCCAUCCACUCGCACAUUAUGUGGAAGGUCAUAGUAUUUGUUGGUAUUGUUACUGCCGCUCCGACCGACAACUUCACCGGCAUAGACUUCAAGCCUAUCAACGAGUUUACGCUACAACUCCUCAGCAAUGCUUACGCAUUCCAAGAAAGCUUCGGAGAGAAAAAUAUUGCCAUUUCACCCCUUUCCGCGUGGAGUAUCUUCUCUUUACUAGCGGAAGGGUCAGCCGGAGAAACCUUCCUGGAGCUAAUGAAGGAACUGAAACUUCCGAAUGAUCUGCGCACAACACAAAUGCUUCAUGCAGCAGUCGCUAGUUUAUUGAAGGGUGAAAAUAAAGAUAUCACAUUGAACGCGCAGACAGCGAUGUUUUCGGACGCGAGCCUUUUAAUACAUCCCGAAUUUUGUGAGUCGGCAAAUUAUUAUGGCACAGAUGUAUUUUCCAUGGAUCCAACAAAUACCACUAAACUGGCGGAUGAUAUUAACUAUUAUAUUUGUCUUGCUACAGAAGGCAAAAUUCGCCAGGCAGUGCGACCCGAACUACUUCAAAAUUUAGUAAUGAUUUUAGUUGAUGCUCUUUAUUUUAAAGCCAGCUGGACGUAUCCUUUUAACCCAAAACACACUAAGGAAAAAGCUUUCUAUAACUCUCAAGGCAAAACAAUUGGGUCGGUCAACAUGAUGCACCAUAAAGCGCCACACAAUAUUAGAGAUGCAACAGAAAUUGAAGCGCAAAUCUUAGAAAUGAAUUAUGGGAAAAAUGAGCAGUUCUCUAUGCUUGUCCUAGUGCCAUACGACGGAACACCAAUACAAAAGAUGUUAAAUAAUUUGGCCACACAACCUAUUGAUUGGAUGACGGAAUACAAACAAUCUGGGAGUUUGCCAAGAAUUGACUGUUACAUUCCGCGUUUUAAAAUUUCAUCAAGAAUUGAUCUGAUUCCACCAUUACAGUACGGUGGCAUACAAAGGAUAUUUGAUAAGAAGAGUGCGGAAUUACCAGGAGUGUCUGAUAGUCCAUUGUUUGUGUCAAAAACAAUCCAGAACGUAGAGAUCGAGGUGACUGAGGAAGGCACCGUUGCAGCGGCGUCCACCGUUGUUGGUUUAGAAGAUAGAGUUUUAGCACAGCGCUUUGAAGCGAACAAAGAAUUUGCAUUUAUUGUGAUGGAAAGGUCGUCGAAUUUAAUAUUGUUUGCCGGUGUUUACGCGGAACCGCGAGCUGUGUGAAUGUGUUCAAAAAAAUAUCUGAGACUA